CUCGCGCCCGGAGCUCCGGUACCAGCAGGGACAGCGACCGGAACCUGGAAUCCGCGAAUAUUUUUAUUACGUAGAUCACCAAGGACAGGUGGUCAUAGUCCACCUCCCGGAGGUCUGAAGAUGAAGCUUUUCCUGGAUGACACCAAAGUCAAGAACUUCGUCACCUGCUUCAAAGGUGGCAAUAAAAAAAAUAAAUCUUCAAGGAGUGAGGAGGAAGGAGCUAACCUUUAACGAAAUAAUGAUCAUGAAGAGGUAUAGGAGUCCCAAUGUUGUGAGUUAUUUAGACAGCUACCUUCUGAGCGAGGAACUCUUGCUGCUUAUGGAGUACAUGGAUGGAGGCAUCCUGAGCGAUGUCAUCAGCCAGACCUGCCUGUCUGAAGAUGAGACAGCAGCCAUCAGUCGGGAGUGCCUGCAAGGACUGGAUUUUCUUCAUUCAAACGAUGUGAUCCAUCAAGAUGUGAAGAGCAGCAACAUUUUUCUCAGAACUGAUGGUUCUGUCAAGCUGGCUGAUUUUGGCCUCCCUACUCAGCUCACUCCUGAGCAGAGCAGACGGUGCUCACUAACCGGGACUCCUUGGUGGAUGGCGCCUGAAGUGGUGACAGCAUCUGCUCUAGUUUUGGUUGCAUCGGAUUUCCCAUUCCCAAACCUUUGCCAGAUGGAAGAGGAGGCUGAGAGGAAGAUGAGGAUGCCCCAGAACACCCAGGCAGACAAGAAGCUGAGGAUGGAGACCAGAGAGGAAAAAUCCCCGUGGAAGAACCUGGAGGAAGAGGCUGUUUUGAGUGGCUGCACGGGAAAGGAAUCAAACAGAGAGGAAAAUCCCCAGAGAUCCCACAGGAGGAGGGGCUGCAAACCCAGACAAGGGUGCUCUGUGGAGGAAAGACCCACCCUGAGCCAGGAAGGUGGGCAGAGCUUCAGCCAGAGCUCAGAGCUGGUGGUCCAUGAGCAGCUUCAUGAUGGAGUGAAGCCCCACAAGUGCUUGGAGUGUGGGAAGAGCUUCAGGCAGAGCAGCACCCUGAUCCGUCACCAGAUGAUCCACACUGGGGAAUGGGCCUAUGAGUGUGGGGAAUGUGGGAAGGGCUUCAGCUGCAGCUCCCAGCUCAUCAACCAUCAACAAAUCCACACUGGUGAAAGGCUCUACGAGUUUCCUGAGUAUCAGAAGAGGUUUCAGAGCAGCUCCCAUCUCCUCCGCCACCAGCGAAUUCACACAGAGGAGAGAGCCUUCCGCUGCCCUGAGUGCGGGAAGGGCUUCCAGAAAAAAUCCACCCUCAUCACCCACCGGCACAACCAUACUGGGGAGAGGCCCUCCCCGCUGUAG